AUGGCGGGUUUGCGCAAAGCGAGCACUUGGCUCCUCGUAGUACUAGUAGUUAUGGCCACCACAGUGGCAAACGGAGCUAGAACACCUAAAGAAGACAAAGUUAAAGAAGCCGAUGCAGCUGCACCAUCAUCAGGAGCCACAGAAAGUGCUGCAGCUGGACCAGCAGGAGCCAAAGGAAGUGCUGCAGCUGGACCAGUAGGAGCCAAAGGAAGUGCUGCAGCAGGAGCCAAAGGAAGUGGUGGAUCACUUGACGUUACAGCAUUAGGCGCUAAAGGAGACGGCAAAACCGAUGACAGUGCGGCAUUUACGGCUGCAUGGGAAAAAGCGUGUGCAGCAGGAGGAACAAUUACAGUGCCAAAGGGUGAGUAUAUGGUGAAAACCCUAGAGCUCAAAGGUCCAUGCAAAGGUCCGGUCACUAUGGAAAUGAAUGGCAAUCUAAAGGCCCAAGCUACAUUCACUAGCACCGAAAGACAUUCCGGAUGGAUUAAUAUCGACAAGGUCGCUGAUUUCACUUUGAAUGGAAAUGGAGCCAUUUUUGAUGGUCAAGGCUCCCUCGCUUGGAAGGCCAAUGAUUGCGCUAAAACUGGGGAAUGCAACAAUCUCCCCAUCAACAUCCGAUUCACGGGUCUUACAAACUCGAAAAUUAUCGGCAUAACAUCAACAAACAGCAAACUUUUCCAYAUGAACRUYCUYAACUGCAAGAACMUAACUCUUCRAGAUAUUGGUAUUGAUGCWCCUCCRGAGAGUCUCAACACCGAUGGUAUCCACAUCGGAAGGUCAAAUGGCGUCAACUUAAUAGGGGCAAAGAUUAAAACCGGAGAUGAUUGCGUUUCCAUCGGACAGGGUACUGAAAAUCUCAUUGUUGAGAACGUAGAAUGUGGACCAGGACACGGUAUCUCCAUCGGGAGUCUUGGAAAGUAUCCCAAUGAGGAACCACUGAAUGGAGUCACUGUGAGGAAAUGCCUCAUUAAGAACACCGAUAAUGGUGUUCGCAUCAAGACAUGGCCGGGAUCUCCUCCUAGUAUCGCCUCUAACAUUCUUUUUGAGGAUAUCACAAUGGACAAUGUUACCACUCCCAUUCUCAUCGACCAAGAGUAUUGUCCUCAUGGCAAAUGCAAAGCUGGGGUCCCAUCGAAAGUGAAGUUGUCGGACGUAACCUUCAAGAACAUUAAGGGCACAUCAGCCAAGGGACCAGCUGUCUCGGCUUGUUUAAACGUGAAGCCUGUCGUUAGCGGAAAGAUGGUACCAGCAGCUUGCACUGAAGUCGCUAAAGCGGAUUCUUGA